AUGGAGCUAUCAUUCCAAAGGCAUACCUUUUCCUCAAAAGGCAAGUCUUUUGUGAGUGGAAUACCGGUGCAGGACGCCGCCUUCAAUGCUAUUGAGUCAAUCGCCCCGAAGCAGAUUGAGACUCCCUUGCUCGUCCUGAAAACCUUCGUCACCAAGCUCUUUGCAAAGCCUACUGUCACCAGCGACGUUUUCAUUCUAGCGGGUCGAUUGCAUCGUUCCGCAAAAGUCGCGCAUCAAGCUAAUUCUGGACUUUGGGCGGAUUGGUCACCGACUCUGCCACGAUGGAGGAUUCUCCUGUUUGAUGACGCCGUCUGUUCAAACUCCAACAUGGACCAACUAACCCUUGUGGUAAAUUAUGAGCUAUCAUCGGGUAGCGCAACGCCCAAGCCGCAGGUCUCUCUUCCUUUGCACGGAAGGAAUGACGAGGCCAUGGCUAAUGUGCUCACCAAAUUGUGGGAAUACUCGGGGUGGAAGGGAUUGGCUGCACAGUACAAAAAGGCUCUAUAUGCGAACAACCCUUGUCGAAACCUUACAGAGACCGCUACAGUCCAGCGCUGGAUGGCCUUUUCUUACACAGGGUCCGGUGGCGCAUACCUGACUGUUUACUUCCAUGCAGUUGGUGGUAUGCAGGGCAAUCUUUAG